AUGAGCGAGUCCAACACGGACGACCCGCCCACCGCUCCCCCGCCCGGUGUGGAUGCGGAGCGGGUUGUCUUCCCCGCGUCGUCGGCCGAGGAGGCGCUGGAGGAGCUGCGCGCGCGCGACGGGGAGCAGCAGACGGCGCGGUCGGCGUGGGCGGAGCACGUGCACGGGCUGUGGGGCGCGGAGCCGCCCUACGAGCCGCAGCCGGAGGACCGCAGCGGCGUCGUUCUCGGCUCGCUCUUCUACAGCUGGAUGGGGCGGUACAUCUUCCAGGCUGCGCGCGAGGAGCUGACGGAGGCGGGCCUGCCGCGGCCGACGCGUGCGUUCCGCGCCUACAACGCCGGCACGCGGCUGUCGGUGCAGAUGCAGUCGCAGCAGCUGCGGCGCCACGCGUGGGACGGCUACAUCGGCGCGCGCGUGGGUGUGCGGCGCGACGCUGCGAGCGACGGCGUGCUGCGCUGGGUGGGCGUCGUGCAGCAGUACGGCACGCCGCGGCAGCUGUACGCCGGAGUGGAGUGGCUGGUGGCGCCUGCGCCGCGCCACGUUGGUGUGCUGGGCCGGUGGCUGCUGUGCCGCGGCGGUGGCGCCCCUCCACACGGCCCCGGCGCCUUCCACCGCGGCGAGGUGUGCGGUGAGCACCUCUUCGACCUCGCGGACGGCGACACGGUUGCGACGUGCGAGCUGGUGGAGGACGUUGUGUUCCGCCUUGGCGCUGCGGAGGGUGGCCGCGGUGCUGCCGCGACGGAGCGUGCCCUACGCCGCGAGCUGCCUGCCUCCGCCCACGAGCCGCCCCGGUCGAUUCAGGUGUGGUGGACGAUAUGGACGCUGUUCCGUGAGAAUCUUUUGCUCCUCGUGCUUCUCGGACUCCUCGGGGACGCCUGCAGCCUUCUGCAACCCCUCCUUCUCAAGUGGUUUGUUGCGUACCUCGGUGAGGUGCUGAACGGCGGAGGUGGCGGUGGCAGUGGCAGCGGCAGCGACAGCAGCAGCGACGCAUCGUCGAGCAGUGGCGCGCUGCUUGACGGAUACUUCGGUGCCGCCGCAGGGUGGCAGCGCGGUGUACUUCUCGCGUUCUGCAUGUUUGUCACCAUGACCGUUGAAACCGUAUGCUCAAACAAACGGUUUCACGUGCGACGACGCUGCUCGUUGCAGGUGCGCAACGCUAUUUCGGUGCUGAUGUUCGAGAAGGUCUUCACCAUGUCUCCUAAGGCGGCCCAUCACCCCUCUUACAACGCCGGUCGCCUCGCAAACAUGCUGAGCACAGAUGUGGAAAACAUUGGCAGCUUCAUCUCAAUGUUCUGGGCACUCUUUUCGUCUCCGUAUAUACUUGCGAUUGCCUUCUAUCAGUUGUAUCUGUUGUUGGGCAACAGCGUGUUUGUCGGGGGCGCCAUGGUGCUUGUGUUUGCACCCCUACAGGGCUUCGCCAUGAAAGGCUUGUAUGCCCACUUCAGGGAGCGUGCGUCGGCAACAGAUCACCGCGUGAAGGCCACGACGGAGCUGUUCUCUGGGAUUCGUGUGAUCAAGUUCAUGUCGUGGGAGCCUUCCUUCAUUGCACGUAUCGAGGACAUGCGCAAGGAGGAACUUCACUUUCUUAAAAAGAUCCAGAAGUCCUUCAUGAUGAUCUUUUUCCUGUUUAACGCCGCCCCCGGAUUUGUCAUUGCGAGUGUGUUCUUUACCUUUGGCAUGCUUGGGCACACGCUGACGCCGUCUAUUGUCUUCCCGGCUCUCGCGCUGUUCCACAUGUUGACCUCGUUUGUGUCGAUGCUGCCCUUCACGUUUCAGAUGGUGAGCAAACUCCUCGUGUCGCUGCGUCGGCUGAACCUGUUCUUCGACACGGAGGAUGACCUCGUCCCCCUCAUUGCGGACAUCAAGGACUUCCGGGAGGACGACCAGAGCAGCCGUGACGCCCCUGAGAACACCGGGCACCCGCCCUCGGAGAGCACCGCCGCCGCCUUCGUACACGCGGAGCUCAGCACCUACGUGGCGGAGGAGCUGCCGAAGCCCGCCGACGACGCUGCCCCCGCGAGUGCGGAGCCCGCGGUGCAGCCCACAGAUGACACUGCCGCUGCUACCGCUGUUGCUGCUCCGGCGGAGGGCCGGCCGGCGCACGCGCAGCCAUCAUUCAAGGAGGACGCUGUCUACCUCCUCAAGACGAAGGCGCUGCUGGAGGACGUGGACCUGCGCAUCCCGCGCGGCAAGCUGACUGUUGUGCUGGGGCCGACGGGGUGCGGCAAGUCGACGCUGCUGGACUCGCUGAUCGGCGCGCUCGCGGUGACGCGUGGCCGCGUUGCGUGCAGCCGCUGCGUCGCCUACGUGCCGCAGCAGCCGUGGAUCAUGAGCGCGACGCUGCGCGACAACGUUGUGUUCUUCGGCGCUGCGGACGACGCUGCGUUCGAGCGCGCGGUGGCGAGCAGCCAGCUUGCGGCGGACCUUGCGCUGCUCGCUGCUGGCGCUGCGACGGAGAUCGGCGAGAAGGGCAUCAACCUGAGCGGCGGGCAGAAGGCGCGCGUGAGCCUGGCGCGUGCUGUGUACGCGGACCGCGACGUGUACGUGCUGGACGACCCGCUGUCCGCGCUGGACGCGCACGUUGGCGAGCGUGUGAUGCGCGAGUGCGUGUGCGGCGCGCUGGCGCACAAGACGCGCGUGCUUGCGACGCACCAGGUGCACGUUGCGCGCGACGCGGACUACGUGGUGGUGCUGUCGGCGGGCGGCCGCGUCGCCUUCCACGGCACGCGCGACGCGUACUACCAUGACCACCUGUCGCGCGAGACGAGCGCCAGCGUGGCUGCGGACGACACCGCGGCUCCCGCUGCUGUUUCCGCUGCCCCGGACACCGCCGGCGCGGCGAAGGCAGACGACCUCCUCUUCGAUGGUGAGGACGCGGGGGCCGGUGCCUCGGGUGUGUCGGAUGCUGCUGCUGCGGCGGGCAAGGGCGGCGACGCCGGCAAGCUGCUGACGGAGGAGGAGCGCUUCCGCGGUGCGGUGCCGCUUGCUGUGUACGUGCGCUACAUGCGGGCGUGCGGCGGUGUGUGCGUGUGCGUGGCGGUGAUGGCGCUCUACCUCGCCACGGAGGCGCUUGUGAUGGCGCCGUCCAUCUGGCUUGCGCUGUGGUCCACCGCCUACCUGCCGCUGACGUCGACGCAGUACAGCACCAUCUACGUGUCGCUGUCGCUGCUCGGUGCGCUGUGCGGCCCGCUGCGCUACUGGGUGUCGAUGACGGUGAUGCGCCGCGCCAGCUACGUGGUGCACGGCGAGCUGCUGCGCUCCGUUGCCUGCGCCACGCUGCAGUUCUUCGACACGACGCCCGUUGGCCGCCUCAUCAACCGCUUCACCAACGACAUCAGCAACAUCGACAACGACCUGCAGACCAGCUACAGCUCCCUCCUCACCACCGUGGCUACCUUCUGCUCGACGGUGGCGAUGAUGGUGUUCACGCAGGUGUUCGUGCUGGUGGUGCUGGUGCCGUGCAUGGUUGUGUACUACUUCCUGCUGCGAUUCUACGCGCGCGCCAACCGCGAGAUCAAGCGCCUGGUGAACCUGGUGAACUCGCCCGUGCUGUCGGUGCUGGAGGAGGCCUUCGGUGGGCGGUGGACGGUGCAGGCCUACGGCGUUGCGCCUGCUGUGAUGCAGAAGGCGAUGCGCUGCGUGGACGUUGUGUUCACGUGCUCGUACCUGCAGCUCGGCGCGCAGCUGUGGCUGUCUGUGCGCAUCCAGCUGCUGAGCACGGCCAUCACGCUGGCUGUGGCGCUGGGUGCGGUGCUGGCGGUGCACGUGUCGUUCCUGCCCGCCAACAUCGGCCUGCUAUCUCUGAGUAUCACGCUUGCGCUGGAGAUCAGCAGUUUGCUAGACGGCAUUGUUUCUGUCGUAGCCUCCGUUGAGGCCGAUAUGAACAGCGUCGAGCGCAUCUUCUACAUGACGGACCACAUCGACCACGAGGACCUGCGCGGUGCCGUGGAGGCGGAGGUGGACGCGAUGCACGCCGGCAGCGGUGCGCGGGAGGUGUCCGCCCCGGUGGACGACGCGGCGGCUGUUGCGUCCCGUGUGAGCUCGCCUCUGGCGCGGCGGGAGUGCGGCGCUGCUGAGUUCGGGUCGCUUGUGCUGGAGCACGUGGACAUGCGGUACCGGCCGGGGCUGCCGCUCGUGCUGCGCGACGUGAGCUUCGCGGUGCUGCCCGGGCAGAAGGUGGGCGUUGUGGGCCGCACGGGCAGCGGGAAGUCGACGCUGCUGCUUGCGCUGCUGCGGCUUGUGGAGGUGUGCGGCGGGUGCAUGCGCGUGUGCGGGCGCGACGCGCGCGACUACGGCGUGCGUGAGCUGCGCCAGCUGUUCUCGAUGAUCCCGCAGGACCCGCUGCUGUUCGACGGGACGGUGCGCAGCAACGUGGACCCGUUCGGCGCGUGCGGCGACGCGGCUGUGUGGGCUGCGCUGCGGCAGGUUGGGAUGGAGGAGCGGGUGCGGAGCGGCGGCGGCGGGCUUGACGCGCGCGUGCAGGAGGGCGGGUCGAACUUCAGCGUUGGGCAGCGCCAGCUGCUGUGCCUUGCGCGCGCGCUGCUGAAGCGUGGCAGCGCGUUCCUGCUGAUGGACGAGGCGACGGCGAACGUGGACCCCGCGCUGGACCGGCAGAUCCAGCUGACGGUGCAGCAGACGUUCCGCGACUACACGGUUGUGACGAUCGCGCACCGGCUGCACACGGUUGCUGCGUACGACGUGAUCCUCGUGAUGGACGGCGGCCGCGCGGUGGAGUUCGGCUCGCCGCGUGCGCUGGUGAACACUGAGGGGUCCCUUUUCGCCUCGAUGGUGCAAUCGAUGAACGGGAUGCCCGUGAGUCUUUCAUUUCAAGUUUAA